AAAGAAAAAAAAUGAGGCCCUAGCUGCUGCUAUUCUGUUUAUUCUGCUAUUUUCUUUAGGAUGGCCUUGAAGUCAAAACCUCAGGAAAUCCUUUUCAACUCCUAGGCUUAUAUACCUCAGUGCCAAGAGCUCUAGCUCUCCAAGACCCCUCACUUGUACCUUUUGCUCUCUGCAUCACCACUCCCUUCUCAUUGUAUUCCCACACUGUGAAGAAUUCAUUAGCCCUUUGCCUUCCAUCACAGCACUUAAAUGAGUGAUUCUUCCAAAGGAUUCAACACCUAAGAACGUUCAUGGGGGAAAAACAGUGAUUUAGCUUUUCAGUUCCUUUGAGGCUGUGGACUUCAGAACUUCUGGGUAAGACUUUUAAAGCAAACAAAAAAAGGAAAAAAAAAAAAGAGAGAUGUUUCUUACUUCUCCCUUCUUUUGUUGCUUGCAGCCCAUGGGAUCAGAGAGGACGGAGAUACGCAAACGGCAGAUGGCUACGACCCCGGAGACCCCAGGUGCUGCACAGGCUCAGCUCAGCACAGGAAAUCGAGGGUCCAAUGCCUGCUGCUUUUGUUGGUGCUGUUGCUGCAGCUGCUCAUGUCUUACUGUUAGAAAUCAAGAAGAAGAGAGAGCAAGGAGAACAUCUCAUGAACUCCAAGCAGAGGGUAUUCCAAACUGUGAGGAAAGCCCUGCUCCCACUCUCGAAGAAGUAAAUGCCUGGGCUCAAUCAUUUGACAAGUUGAUGCUUACUCCAGCUGGCAGAAAUGCUUUUCGUGAAUUUCUAAGAACAGAAUUCAGCGAGGAAAACAUGCUUUUCUGGAUGGCCUGCGAGGAACUAAAACAAGAAUCCAACAAAAGUGUCAUUGAAGAAAAAGCAAGACUAAUUUAUGAAGAUUAUAUUUCUAUCCUUUCUCCAAAAGAGGUCAGUCUGGACUCCAGAGUAAGAGAAGUUAUUAACCGAAAUAUGCUGGAACCUUCACAACACACCUUUGAUGAUGCACAGCUUCAAAUUUAUACCUUAAUGCACAGAGACUCUUACCCACGGUUUAUGAACUCUGCUAUUUAUAAGGACUUGCUUCAGUCCUUGUCUGAAAAAUCCAUCGAAGCAUAGAAUUUUUUCUUAUAUGUAUUUAUUUUAAAACAGACGGGACUCUGGGCUACAGAAAUCCACCGGGAAUUUAGAAUUAAGCAGAUAUUUACCUGAAAAUAACUCAGGCAAAUUUUACUACGGACUAUGUAAUUUAAAUCCGCACAAAGCUCUGACACAAUCAGCUAAGUACAGUUUCUGAUUAAAUUCAGUAUUACUUUGCAAAAGGAAAUGAAGAGAAUGAGGAAGAAACACUGUUCAAAAAAUGCAGUAUUUUUUUCAAACACAGCAGACAAUUUAGUCACAAAGCUAUUACAACUUAUAUCUGAGGUACAAAUACCAACUGUGCAUGAAACUAAAAGUGAUUUUUGAGUGUUAGAAUUUUCUUGAAAACCAAACCAGUUGCCCCAUCCACACUGUGACCAAAGUAAAAAUAUUACUGUUAGUGCUGUGUUACUCUAGGCAGUGCCAUCACACCUGGCAUAGGUACAUUCCACUUAUUUUGUUUCCACAUAUAUGUAGUAAUGCAUAUAUGGUGCACUAAUGGAAAUUGGCACGCAAUCUCAAGUUCAUGGAAGUUACUGGUUGAAAUAAUGCUGUUUAUAAAAAAAAAAAUCCUUUGCUGAAGAAUUAUUAUUUUAGUAUUAGAAUCUGCUGAAAGCAUUAAGUUCCCUUUGUUGAUGUUCAUAAAGUUAAAUUAUUUAUUUCAGAGGAAGACAAAUCUGGGCAUUCAAAUUCCAAAAUAAAGCACAAGAAUUCUAACAUAUUUUUCUCUUCUCUCAGUAGGUGUUUGUAAAACUCUUCACUAUUUGCUCUCAAGAGUAUGGCGGUUUCAGCCAUCUUGGGUUUGUAAAUAUGAAAUUAUCCCAUUCCCUGACAGAUCUUGUAAGGUUUCCAUUACAGAUAUACACACAAUUUACUUAAUAAAAGCAGAAAGAUGGAACUUGUGUUCUGAUACAGCACUAUUUCAGACUGUCCAACAGCACCAGCUCUAUUCAGUUAUAAACCACAUUCAUUUACAGUAUACCCAAAGCAUUACAGUUAAUUCCUGGUCAUAUCUCGACAUCAAUAAUCACAGGAAAUACUAGGAAGAAAGUAAAUUGAAUCCACAUAAACUAUCUGUAGAUCUGUUACUCUAAUGUCUUCUUUCUUCUAAAUUAUAAGAUACACUAUAAUUCCACUAUAUUAAACUCUGGAGUUUAUAGUGGAUUUCCAGUGAAUUGUAUUUUUUUCCUGUGUAUUUAUUUAAUUGGUCAAAAGACACAUACAGGUUGGAAAAAGACAUAUGGGAAACAGAAGGACAAAAAAAAAAAAAAAUACCCCUAGAAGGGAGAACCAGACAGGCAUAGUUCAGUGAUGUGUACUGUAGCCAUUCCAAAACAUACUCUUUGCCUAAUUCCAGCACUGGAAUGUAUGAAAAAUACAAAAUGGGAACUUUCUCUAAAAAAAGGAAAUGGGAAGAACAAAACAGAAUUUAAGAGAGCAAUUUACUUGUUUCCCCAAUGCACUUGACAGGAGACAUGUUGUGCCCUUACUGCAUUUGGAUUUUGAAGCACAUAAUGAUUUGAUUUUUUCAGUACAUAGCACCAGGGGAGAAGAGCUGGUACAUGGUGACUUAUCAAUGCUAUGGGCUGGUUCAAGCCAGGUUGGAUGGGGCACUGAGCAACCUGGUCUAGAAGAAAGUGUUCCUGCCAGUGAGGUUGGUACUAGAUUAAGGUACCUUCCAACCCAAAUAAUUUAUGAUUCUAUGAUGUUUUCAUCAUCUUCCAACAACAAAACACUAUUCAAUGUGUCAGCACAAAAAAGUAAACCAAAAAAACUAUAGAGAGCAGAGCAAAGCAAAGUGCUUUUGCCCACUGUAGCACAGUGCUGGAUGGCUAAGUUAAGAGGAAAGCCUUCACAUACCAUUAAAGACACAGUUCAUGUACUGUUUGCCACUGCUUAACCUAUCAGUGCUGGUUACCUCAGCUGAAUUUCUAUUUAACACACCCAAAGCACUACCAAUACACUAUCAGUUUAUGUGAAAUAUUACAAUGUAAGUAGCAACUUCAGCAAAACAAACUAAGUAUCUUCAAAAGGCAGCACUCACAGGGAGCUUGCAGUCACACAGAUGAUGCUGUACUAAUUUUCAUCAGGGUGAGUAAAGUGCUCUAAAUCUUUAAGUUGACAAAUUAAGUUUAACUAGGUCAAAUUCAGCUUGUUGGAAAGAUAUGCACACAUCAAAAAAAACCAAACUUCAAAGCAUGUCACCUCACAAAAUGGAGAAUUUGAUUUCUUUUAAGUUAUCUCUCUCUUCCCUGAAAACGUAUUUCAUUAAAUGCUGCAAGACAGACUGAACACUCAUAGUCCAUAUCAAACAAUAUAUUCUAUUAUUCUGCAAGAAAAAGGAAGAAAAAAGAUGCAAUGAAGUUAGACAAGAGAGAAAACUAUAUUGGUUUGGGCAGUUUUAUGGUUAACAUAAAAUUAUGAAAAGAAGAAAAUAGUAAUUUCUAAGCUUAUUUUCCAUAUGCCACAAGUUCUAAGCAAUUGACACCCUCUAGGCAAUUUUCAUUUUACUUCUGCAUUACAAUGUGUUGACAUUUGCAAUGUGCAUUCUUUCCUGAAAUAUUUUAACAAAUGUUAAUGCUGUGCUUUAGGCUUAAGCUUAUACCCAUCACCAGUGGCAGAAUGCUAGUCCCUAGAUAUCCCAAGAAUACUUCCUGAAAACACAAACAACCCACUCCAUUAAAUAUCUUGUUAUAUUGAGACAGGUUAAUGCUGGAUUUAAUUGAUGCCAUGGAGGCAAGGAGUGAGGGAGGGAGAAGAUGAAAGCAAAAACCCACCCACACAGACAACAAAUUGUUAAUUACAUUUCAUCGCUAUAUACCUGCUCAUGGUGCAUAAACUUCUCAGGGCAAAAGAAGAGCACACCAAAAAGGAAAAGUUUCCAUAGACAAGCUGUUACAUGAAUAGCAGGAGAAAAUAAUCAUAUUGACAUAAGACAUUAUUUAAUCAUGUAAGAAAUUAUCACAAAAUCAAUUUAUCCUAGGUUGAAAAUGAGCAUGGUUGGUUUGCCUUGGCAUUUAUCGAACUGCAGGAUAUCAUUAAGCUGUAACAACUUUCCAGUCCACUGGCAUUCUUCCUUCAAUGUCUGCACAUCAUAAAGCAGUAACUCCUACAGAACAUGCAUACUGUUAAAGACUGCUCUUUUCACCAGCCUGCUAAGCACUAUUAAAAUUGCAUGGGCUCCUUCAGCCAACACAUUGUGCUUUAAAUAUUGACCUUUAAAUUCCAAAGUCGUUAGCACAGUACAAAUGGAGAAAAAAAUAUUAUAUAUAUAUUCUGAAGGGCUCUACCAUAUAAAGGUAGAUUAAAAUUCAUCACACAAGCAUAAUGUAUUUUUACAGUUUCUGAUUACAAAGGAUAUCAGAAAAAAGAUAAAGUGAUGAGAAAGACUAUCAUAUCACAUUUAGUAAUUUUUAAAUGACUUUGCUGUAAGCAGUUCUUAAGAAGAUGUGUCUUCUGCCAUAAAAGGUAUGAGUAUCAUUUCAAUGACAUUAUGAAAGAUUUUUUUAUACUAAUGUUGUAACUAAAUUAAUCCCAAACUCUUUGAAAUGGUAAAAUAAUUCAAGAGUAGUGAUGAUCUAGUGAAACAGAAGCUAAUAUGCAGUUGUAUAAAAUUAUGCUUAAAAGAAGUGAGAUUCCUCAGAUUUGUUUACAUGAAUGACUACUAUUUCAAGAUCCAUUUCCAGAGGCAUGUGUUUGGAAGGUAAUACAACCACAUUUUACAGAACGAAGACUUCAUGUUGAUGACUUAAGUCCUGUCAAGGCUGGCAAGAGUUGUGAGUUGCAAUUUAAAAUUCUUGUAUGUGAUCACAAGCGGAAUCCUGAACUCUGGAUAAAAACUAAGCUCUCCCUUGGAUUCACAACAGCCAUGAUCACUGGGCAAGUAUUUCCCUUCUGCUUAGUGAUAGUCAAAAAGAACCAUUCUGUAUAAGAUAGUUUAAAACUCAUACUUUCUCCUGAACAAGAUAAUAUACGAGAAAAUGUAUUAUAUAUGAGAAAAUGUCUUCUAAUGAAGGAUCCAGAAGUUGUGUUUUCUGAGCAGCAGGAUCCUCUGGCCUUGCUUACAGAAGAUUGGAUCCUUAAAAAACUAAACACACACAGUUUAAAAGAAACGUGGCCUCCUCUUUCUCUCUAUUAGAAUUGUGUACAAACUACCUUAACUUGAAAGACAACUCAGUUCCAUCUGAGAGAAUUUAAGUGUCCAUAAAGGUAAUAACCAAACCUGCUAUUCUAAGAUGAGAGUCAUCACCAGUUCUGCUGGCAUGUUUCAGUGCAUGAAAUAUCCCAGUGUACUGGGUCAGUCAUAGCACAAUUGGCAAUCCAGUAGACAAGCCAGCCAGCUGGAGAAAUGAGACAGUCUCAGCCCCACCUUUGCAUCCUCUCUGAUACAGGAGGCAAAUUUCAGACAGCUGUGAAAACUGCAGCAACUAUUAAACAGAGGUCCAUCCAAAGAUCAGUACCAGAAAGUUUUAUUUUUGGAUUUGAGUAACAAAAAUAAGGCAUGAAUAGAACAGAUGCAUUUUUGGAUCUAGUUGUUGCACUCCAUCUUUCACUGGGCAAAAGAAACACUUCUUUUUACCGUGGGAGAGAAAGAUGAAGGCUGCUACUCAGGUAUCAUCAAGUGAAAUAACAUUUUAUUUCAACUCCUACUUGGAUACACCUGCAUCACAGAAAGUGCUACCACAGUUCUGGUUCUUUUAGUAAAGUCCAGAUAUAUUCUGGUGACUAUAGAAAGACAAUCACUAAAUUUUCUCCAAAGGUAUUUCUUUUCUAAGUGUCACAAUCAGACACGAAGAUUAAAGGACACACAGUGUGAGGAAGGUUAUGCAAACCAACCAGUGCCUGCCCUGUAUAUAUAAGCUGUGAACAGCUGUGCAAAUUUAGGUCUACCUGGCAUCCAAUUUGCUGUCGUUUUUAACACAAUUUUUUGGACUUGUUCUUUUAGAAAGAUUCCCAAACAAAACACUCUAAUUGAUAGUAAACAUCUGUAAUUGGUUUGUUGUCCUCAACAACUUGAAAAAAAAAA